GCGCACAUGGAAGGUGUGGGAUCGGCCUGUGGUGCAGACAAGAUGCCCACUGCCACCAUCGCCCCUGUGUAGCAGCGGAGCGCCGCAGACUCCCCCUGUCGUCCCCCUGCCCAGCUGCAUGUUGGAGUCCCACACACGGAGCCCCAUGUCUGUGGCGAAUGCGAAACACACGGUCCUGAAUCCGGUGAUCCCAUACACAGGGCCCGUACCCGGAGGCCUGCACCCCGGGGAGAUCAUCAUCAUCCAGGGCACCGUGCCCCCAGAUGCUGACUGGUUUCAGAUCGACCUGUCGAGCGGCUGCAGCACCAAGCCGCGCUCUGACGUCGCCCUCCACUUCAGCCCGUGCUUCACAGGCCCCCCCAGGGUGGCAUGCAACUCCCUGCUGCAGGAGAGCUGGGGCGAGGAGGAGACCCUCCAUCAGCUGCCCUACAAACGCGGAGCCCCCUUCGAGACCAUCAUCCUGGUGCAUGACGACGUCUUUAAGGUGGCAGUAAAUGGUACCCACCUGCUGAGCUACAAGCACAGAAUCCCACUGAACAAGGUCGACACAUUUUCUAUUUCGGGGAAAGUCAGGGUGUACGCUGUUGGCUACAUCCCAAACUCAGCGAUAUAUUCAGAAUCAGGUGACUUGAGCCUCCCUUACAAAGGCAGUAUUCUGAAAGGCCUGAGCCCAGGGCAGCACAUCACAAUCAAAGGACAGGUCAGCAUGUAUCCUCACAGUUUCACCGUGAACCUCUGCAACAGCAGGACGGAGAACAUCGCCUUCCAUCUGAACCCUCGCAUGAAGUCGGGUGUGUUCAUCAGGAACUCGUACCUGAGUGAGACGUGGGGUCAGGAGGAGCGGGAGCUGCCCUUCUUUCCCUUCUCACCCGGGGAGUACUUCGAGAUUCUCAUCCUCUGUCAGUCCCAUCAGUUCAAGCUGGCAGUGAACGGCUCGCACUUGUUCGAGUUCAGACAUCGGGUGCAGGACCUGAGCAGCAUCGACCAGCUGGAGAUCAUGGGAGACCUGGAGCUCACUGAUGUUAAACUGUGGUGACUCGGGACUCCACAGCAUCACAGAAACCAGCGUUACAGACACCAUGACGCAGACGGUGGAUGCUAAAAACAUCAAUAAAAAGGACAGCGAUAUAUUAAACUAGUUCAACCAUUGACAAAAUGAUCCAUCUACCCAGCUCAGCGGACCGAUGCAUGAGCGAGGGCUGUGUCGAAGAAUCAGGGCUGUGAGCCACCAUGACCGUUUACAGUGUUUACAGAGUUAGGGUUGCCUUGGUUCAUUUCUUCUAUUCUCUCUAGUUUCUCUCUGCUGUGAUACGCCAUCAGUGCACUGUAUAAUUAAAACAGCAAGCAUUUCAAUGUUAAUAUAAUUAAGUAGGAUGGCGUAUUAGGAGGAUAUAGAUUUUUUUUUUUUUUUUGAGAUUUUGAGAAUCAUGUUAUAUUACGAAACUAAAGUUGCGUUUUUAAUGAGAAAAAAGUCAUGAUAGUACAAGCAUAUAGAAAAAGGUUUUAGGAAAUCAGCAGCAAGGAGGACCCGUGGUCUUCAGAGUUCAACUCCGUCUAGAUCUAAAAUCUUGAAAAAAGAAAAUAGGAAUCCUCAGAAGUUUAAGUAUUUUGUUAUUUGUUAAACAAACAUUAAAGUACAUUGACAAGAUGCUCCACAUUCCUCGUUUUUACAAAGGGCGACUGGUUGAUCUUCUGAUAUUCCCCCUCCAUGAUGACACGUAACCUUAAUUUCAGACUUAAUUCUCAAAAUCUCAAGAGUUUUGUUCCCCUGUAAGUGACCAUAAAUAUGACUCUGGCAUAAAUAAGCACUUACAUCCUGGCUUUGUUUAAAUGUCAUGACAGUGUGUAAUAUAAAAAAAUGAAUGAAACUUUUGGGCCUAUAAUUUCUUUUGGAGCAAAGCUCAAUAAAUCCAAUUUAUUGUGCAGCUAAGCUAAAGAAAUCAUUUUUAAUAAAAUGUUUUGUGUUUACUAUUUUCUUUGUUGCAAAAAAUGGAUUGUAAUAUUAACAUUUUCGCCUGCAAUAUUCUGCCCUCUUCUUGAUUUACCUUUCUUCCUGUUUUCUUAUCCUCAGCAUUCUUAAACAACUCUGCGUGUGCGUGACCAAUUGAAAUCUAUUCAUGUUUAAGUGCAGCAGAAAUAAAGCACAGUGCAGUACAGGGUCAAUUCAAACUCUUUAUAAUAACCUAAGAAAUACUGUUUUGCUAUCUUUAUGUGAGUAGACUAAAUAGGAAUCCUGCAUCGCUUGUCUCACUUUUCUCAUUCUCCAAAUUAAAAAAAUGUCCCUGGUUUAAAAAUGCAACCAAAAAUCUGAUAUUUCUUUUCCAGUGCAAUUGAGAUUUUUUCCCCUUUGAUUAUUGCAAUUAUUGUAAAAAUGUAUUAAAAAUCUUCCCUAUAUCAUAAAUGAUUUAAUACAUAAAUGUGUUACUGUUUGAUGCGUCUA